AUGAACCCACUUGAACCCACCCUAGCUCCGCCACUGGCUGUACCCGACCGUUGUUUAGAAUUUGUGAAGGACUACAUGACCGGUGAUCGUUACAAGUCGGACUUCGGCCUUACUGCGACGAACGCGUUGGAGUUUGCUAGAUCAGUAGAUAUAGCCGGGGAUGGGAAUGAUGCUUGGAUCUUUGAUGUUGAUGAGACCCUUAUUUCUCUCUUGCCUUACUAUGAAUCUCAUGGAUUUGGGAAAACGGACCAAAAAGAGUUUGUAAAAUGGGGGUUGCGAAACAAACUACCUGCCUUGCAGGCAAGUUUGAGUCUAUACAAGGAAAUCCAUCAACUCGGGUUCAAAAUCUUCCUCUUGACAGGCAGGCCAGAAUGGCUUAGAAACUACACCACAACAAAUUUAGCCGAGGCCGGAUACAGUGAUUGGGAAAGAUUGAUUUUAAGGCAGCCUUCUGAUGACAACAAAACAGCAACUGAUUACAAAACCGAAAGAAGGAAGCAACUAUUAGAUGAAGGUUACAGAAUCAUUGGCAACGUUGGAGAUCAAUGGAGUGACUUGCUGGGAUAUCCGAUUGCACAACGAUCAUUUAAAUACCCUAAUCUAAUGUACUAUGUUGCAUGAUUAUUACGUUCUUGCACCAUUUAAAUGUGCUAUCACUUACUAUAUUAUAAUUACAUGUCUUCUAUAUAUUAAUUAGACUAUCAAUAAUGUCUUACAUUAGCUUGCUUGGUAGGGUUGUCAAAUUAAAGUUACUCUGUAUUGCAUUUUAAUUUCAUAGUAUUUUUCUUCCGGUAUGUGGACUUAAUACAUACUCUGUACUACUUAAAUUUUACACAACCUAGCUAACUUUACAAUAUUUCAUAUACUCAAAA